GCGUUAAUCGACCGUUGCUGUUUUGCUGCCAGUAAUUUCAAAUAAUUCUUCGAAUCGAAUUUCAUUCAAAUUUAGGAAAAUUUCGGCCGUUUUUUGCCUAUAUUUUGAUGAAAUGUACCGUAGAAGACAACGACGAGAUAGCGAAAUUGUCAAAAAUGUAUGCUCAUUCUGUGGGGAGCCGUCAAAUGAGAAGAAAUAUGGGAAAUUCUUUACAUCCAAGUUGGGAUAUGCUGUUCAUCAGUAUUGUAUGUUCUUUUCGGCCGCCUUACCACAAAACGGCAAAGAUCACGAAGGCUUUGAAGGAUUUUUAGAGCAAGAUGUUUUGAAGGAAAUCAGGCGAGCUAGUCGAUUGCGUUGUAAUUUGUGUCAGAAGAAAGGCGCAUCUGCUGGGUGUUGUGACCAGUACUGCAAGAAGGGAUUCCACUUCACUUGCGGUGUCAAUCAAAAUUAUCUAUUUCAAUUUUACGGGCAGUUCAGGGCGUUUUGCGAUCACCAUCGUCCAUAUCAAAGUUCAACGUCUUAUCCGUCAAAGAAAGUAUCAUGUCCUAUCUGUUUGGAGUCUGUACCAUGUUGUGUUUCACCCGACGUUCUGGCCACGCCCUGUUGUAAGGACGUCUGGCUUCACAGGACUUGUGUUCAGGAACAAGCGACGGUCAGCGGUUACUUCUUUCGUUGUCCGGUUUGCAACGACAAGGAAAAGUUUGUAAAGGAAAUGAAAAGAAUGGGAAUAUACGUCCCUGAUAGGGACGCCGCCUGGGAAGACGGCAAUAAUUUUGCAGAGUUACUUGACAAAUACAGCAGCUGUGAUUCUCCAGCGUGUAAAUGUCCAUUAGGAAGAAAAUUCUCGGCUGAGAACGGGGAGUGGGAAUUGGUGCUAUGCAACACCUGUGGUCAGUUUGGUACCCACGUAGGAUGUAAAACCUGGACGACGAACCCCCCGUCUUUGCUGUGUCCAACCUGCCGGCCUGCAGUACACCAAGGCAGUGAGCUUAUUACACGCUCUGCUUUAAAAAAACAAAGCAAUCCGGAGGGGAGGAAAUCGAUUACCAGCCAGAAAGGCAAAGGACCACUGAAAAAGAAUCAUCAGAGUGUCGAUUCCGACACGGACUCCGAGGACAUCUCGAAGGUGCUGAACGGACUCAAACGGCAAACCGAAGAUGACUUCUUAAGUUCCGACACUAGUUUUUUUGUGCAGCGGGCCAUAGCGGCUGGAACCGCUGCCAUCGAAAAUAACGGGCCGAAGACUCACGCGAGCUCUAGUGUUACUUGUAACCGGAAGCGAAAAGCCGAUGAUAGCGAAAGCGACGAUGAAAUAAUGAUCACAAAAUAUGUUCCUGGUCAAAAGGCACAAAACAAGUGUCAAGUUUGCCCUAAAUGCAAUCGCCGAAAACGAGCAAAUAUACCCACUAGCUCACCGGCAAAAAUGCCCCGGAAGGAUUUUCCUAGUACCGGGUAUACGUCUAUAUCGGAUAAAGGUUCCCACUCAGGUUCGUCUUCGACAAAGUCCAGUGUAGAAAUCACUGAGCUCGGGUACGAGUCGGAGAGCUUCGUGCCGGAAGGCAAAGCAUCCAGACGCGCGAACGCGCAUGCGCGGGAACCAAAGGUAGCGGACUAUGAAAUUAUAGAACUUGCCGCUGACCACACUCACCGGUCGUCCGUUCUGUUGCUGCCGUCUGAAGAGAAAUCGGGAGAAUUGGAAGACAAGGUUGAAAAGGACGAAAUUCUGCUUUCGAGUGAUGAUGGUGCCGAAAACGAAGCGGUGAGUAAGCCAAAAAAGUCCGGUUCUUUUUGGCUGAGUUCCGUCGAAAGGUUGUUUCAGUUUCUGAAUCCGCGCUCCAGUCCGGAAGCUGGUGACGAAAAAAAGCGGACAUCGAAAGAUAAGGAAAUGUCUGAAGGAGAUGUGGAGGCACAGCAGCAGCGUUUAUCCUCCGGGGAAGAGUCAGAGACCUUCGUCAAAAAAUCGAUAUCGCUCGACAAUACGUCGGCAACUGACGAAAGAAGAUCGCCAUCGCUCGGGCAGAAAGCGGAAGGCGCCGGGGGAAGACAUUCAGGGGAGACGUCCGAAGCAAUCGGUGACAACACAACGUCGUUUGGAAAUAGGUCGGAAACUACGGAAGAAAUGUCGGAAUCUCAUGUAAAUACAUUAGAUAAUAUGGAGGAAAACUCCGGCAGCAUCGCAAAUACAUCGAAUUUUGCAAGUUCGUUAUCGAGCUCUAGAAAUGGCAAGAGAAGAGAUUUUGAGUUCUUGAUGAGGAAAGCUGUUUUAGAAGAGGUUAUUGAUCAUGCUAUUGAACUAAAGAAUUCUGGCAAGGAGCUUAAACAUAGAUGUGUGUCAAGCUGUUAGACGGCGGCAUAUUUUUUCUAUUUAGGGCAACAUGUUUUUUUUAUAUUUUGUUUAUUUUUGCUCAAGAAUUGCGAAGACAGGUUCAGAUAAACUGGAGGAGAUAAUAUUUCUUGUUUAUAUCGUUCUGCUCGCAGACCACGCGAAUAUAGUUGAUGCGGUUAGAAGUAAGGUCGCUCCGAAUCAGUCAACAUGAACAUUUUUGACCGUGAAAAUGUAGAACUUACUGUACUGCAAGAAACUGUUACUGAAAGACGAUAUAGCAACGUGUGUAUGGUGGUUGAUAGGAACCCACCAGGAAUAGCUACUAGGAAGGAGAGCGGAUGGGGGAAAUUUGUUUUCUUUAAAUGAUCAUUUAAGCAGUUACGAUGAACAGUUCUCUAAUAAAAUGACUGUACACACUGCUAUUAUUUUCAUAUUUCGUUUCAAUAUAACACGUCCAUUACAAGUUUUCUUAAACCGAUGCGCAACUCUCUCAAACCUGACUGGACACCACAUUAUAAAGCAUGUUCUCCACUAGGGGAAUUUAUUUGCGCGAACAGAUAAAAGCGAUUCUACUUUUUCGCCGGGAAUUUUUUCGCAAACCAAUCACAUCACUGGAUUUCAUAUAUCGCGUCGCGCGAAUAAAUUCGCCUAGUGGAAAACGGCUUAAAACAUGUUUGCAUUGUUCGCAGACGCUGUAGUAUAGGGGUUAUGUAUUUAAGUUAUAUGUUACCUAUGUAUAAUAUUGUAUCGAUAUCUUUAAUUGCUUCUGUUUGGUUAUUUAUUUCCCUGCAUGAUACCAAGGCCGGAUUUUAGGGUUAAUAUCAGGGGAGGAGGGAUGAAUGAUUUCCAGAGAGGUGCG